AUGCGCUCUGGUACUCCUGAAGGCUCCUUAGACAAAAUAGUACCAGCACAAGCGGUGGCGCCACCGCUUUCUGACCAGCUCUCACGUGCGAAACGAACAGGCUUUCAUUACCUACUCGAAGAACACGAGGAUCCUUACGAAGCCGUGGUUUUCUCGGAUAACAGUAUGACCGUAGGAUGACAUCUCAUUCUCUCAUUUCAAAGCACUUAUAGCGUGCUGUAGGUUCCAGCAACUUGACGAAUAGAUUCACAUCAUCAUAACCUAUUGUAGGUUUCGGACAAUCUAUUGCUCUUAUUGUGCAAAGUCCCAUCGUUGAGAAGGCGGGGCCUUAGACAUUGAUCUUCUACUUAUUUUAGUUAUUGAGAAAUGCACUUUGAAUGUGUACAUCAGAUUCUUCCUUCUUGUCGCUUCGCUUUCCUUCAACAAGAUAGAGUUGAAAAGUAGGUCGUUUACGUUUUGUAAUUUUGAUUCUUAAAGUGAGAAUUCCACAACACUUCUUCUCGUUCUAAGCCCAGUUCGUUUCUCGAGCAUAGGCAAGUGAUGGCUGAUUUUUCACCGGCUCAACAACGUAUGGUAGACGCUAGUGUGAGAGACUCUCGAGCACAGGUUUUAUCUGCAUUAGAGCUCGGCUUUCCUCCCGCGACUCUUCGGGCCUCUCGUCGGACCCAACGCGGCGUCUUUGGCGGUGAUGGUUCGGAGCGCCUCAAAAUUGCCGUAAGCGUAGGCGGAACAAGCACAACUGCGUCACGGUAUCACUCGCAAAGAAGUGUGGAUCAACAAGCUCCUGGUGGCUCGAGUUUAUGCAUGUAA